UUCAGCGAAUAAUAACGACCACUGCCAACUGGUCCCACACAGUCCCUCACCCAAAAUCAAAUCCUAUAACUUAAUCACUUAUUUUUCGUCUCAACUCAACUGAAAAAGAAACAAAAAAGAAAAAAACACACCAAAAAAACACAAACACAGUCUUUUGUUUUGGUUUUGUUCAGUGUAGUUAACACCGCUACCUAGUACUCCAACAACACAACAUGAUAACAUCUUCUCCAACGCACACUGAAGCUGCAAAAACCGAACAAAUCAUCACUGAAUUCUUCGCCAAAAGCCUCCAUAUAAUACUAGAAUCAAGAGCACUUUCUGCUUCAUCGCGUAAUUUCAGCACCCUCUCUUCACCAUCUUCAACCUCUUCAUCAUCUUCCUCCAGCGUUCGUCCCAGAGAUAAAUGGUUCAAUCUAGCUCUCAGAGAAUGUCCUACAGCGCUUGAAAACGCUGACCUAUGGCGCCACAACAAUCUUCACCCGAUUGUGGUGGAUAUUGUUUUGGUCCACAGAACCAUGCAAUUGGAAUUGAAAGAACGAAACCCUUUUGAGGAAUUGGGAUUUGGGGGUUCACAGAGUGAGAAGAUUGUAGAGAGAUGGGUGAUUCAAUAUGAAAGCAGGAAAACUAGGGAUUGUUCUAAUUCUUCUAGUUCAAGCAGUUCAAGAAGAUCAAGUAACAGUUUUUUGCAAAAUUUGUAUAAGAAAGCUACUUUACUUAUAAGGUCUUUGUAUGCUACUGUUAAAAAUUUACCUGCUUACAAGAUUUUCAAGGAACUUAAUUCUUCUGCAAGUGUUUGUGCUUUUACUCUUGCUCAUCGUGUGUCUACUUUUUUUGAACCGUUUACCUCUAAACAAGAGUCUGAAAUGCUGAAAUUUGUGUUUACUCCUGUGGAUACUUUGUCUGGUAGGCUAUGUCUUUCGGUACUGUAUUGUCAGUGUCUUUCUGAUGUGAGUUCUGAAUCAUCAUCAACUCCUUUAUCUCCGCGAGUUAUAACUGAUUAUGUCGGUAGUCCUAUGACCGAGCGGUUGAUGCGGUUUCCGUCGCUACCGGUGGUACCGGUUAGAAUGCCAUCACAUGGCUCUCCGUCAUCUUUGCCGUUUUCGAGGAGACAUAGUUGGAGUUAUGAAAAUUGCAGAGGCUCGCUUCCUUCGGCUAAUUAUUAUUCACCUUCACCUACUCAUUCGGAAUCGAACACAUUGGUUUCUAAUGCUAGUUAUCAUUGUUAUCCACCACCCUCUAGUUUGCCUCCGCAUCCAAGUGAAAUGGCUUUGCUUCACAAGAAGAAUGUGAAUUUCGAUGAUUACUAUCCCUCGCCGAAUUUCUCUCCGUCUCCCUCGCCUUCGCCAUCAUCUCCAAUCUAUCAUUUGGGAUCAUUAGCUUCAAAAAUACUUUUACGCUCUGAAAGUGCUCCAGUCAAUAUUCCUGAUGCUGAAGUUGCUAAUUCCCCUGGACAUAUGAGUGGGCAUAAUUUGCCACCAUCUACUCCCAUUAGAAUUUCAAGGUGUACUUCUGAGACAGAAAGGAGUAGGAAUCUUAUGCAAUUGUGCACACCAGCUGAGAAGAUGUGUCCUCCUAGAAAAGAUGAGUCUCAAAAGUAUUCUGGAGUGAAGAAUGUACCUAACAGCUCGCCACAGAUUUCAUUUUCCAGGAGCUCUAGCAGGUCAUAUCAGGACGAUUUUGAUGAUACUGAUUUUAUUUGUCCUUUUGAUGUGGAUGACGACGAUACAACAGACCCAGGCAGCAGAGCGGAAUCUUUCGAUCAUGGUGACUUGGCUCAACUACUUGAAGCUGGUAGAUUCCUUCCAAUCAGAAAGUCCCAAGGUGCUGCCGUUGGUGCACUUGUAAGUAUGUUGAAGAAAGCAGCACCUCUGCAUCAAGACUUCUCCGCCACAUGUGAUAACACGUCAACCCGGAAGAGCAAUAAUGUUCAAGAGCCUAACCAAAUUCCGAAUAUCCCAUCACCGGUGAGCAUCAUGUCUUCUGGUAAUAGGAAAACAACAAAUGAUGCAUUGGAGGAGUUUCAUAGUUAUAGAGAAAUGAAAAACAUGUUACUUAAGCCGCACGGCAGUAGUAAGUAAGCAACAAAUAUAGCGCUUGUUUGGAAGCACGGUAAGAUUGACGAUAACAUCGUGAUUUUGUUUUUGCCAAACUCAUUCUCAAUCCAAAUAUGUACAUAGUUCUUUGUUUCCGCAGCGACUUUCUUUCGAUGAAAUAUGUACAGUUACAAAAUAUGUUCUUCAUUUUGUUAAUACAUACUGGUAUAUAUGUUAAGUGAAUACAUAAAAGUGUAUUUUUAAUAUUAAAUAAAAUCCUUUUAUGAAAAAGAUAGUGGUAUAAAAAUAAAAUGUUGAUUCUUAUGAUCCUAUCUGCAAUGAAAUCUUAUCCUGAUUGAAGAAAAAGCACAUGCAUGAAAUUAAGUAUAAGAAAGAAAGUUAAAGAAAUUAAUGAAAUCUUUUUUGUUUUGUUAUUGAUAUGACUCUUACCCUUAUCUCUCCAAGAAUAUGGGUCCACAUCCACAAUGAACCAUCACCAUAGUAUAAGUGAUAUCCAACCCAAAAAUAUAUACAUCCAGGUAGCUAGUAUUAGUGCUCAUGGAAUAGCAAAAUGAUUGAUUUGAUUAAUAUCAAAUGGAGAAUUAUCAAAAAAGAUUGUGAUCUAUAUAAUAACCACUUCGGCAUAUGGGAAGAAAGAUGGUGAAACAAAAAGAAUGCUGCUGCCGACGGAAAUAUAUACAUACACACACCACUAACAUUUUCAAACAUAUUAUUAUUACUUGCAAAAUACUUAUAAUUGGACGGAAUCGACACGUUCAA